GAGCGUCAAUCGUUGAGGGCCAAAUCAACGUUAUGCGCUUAGUACAGAUCGUUAUGGACACUCCAUGCCACAAACACUGAUCUGUAGACGAAUAACGUUCCUGCAUGUGGUCGUCAAGGCCCGCAGACUCCGCCCCAUGGAGUUCGAAUUCAGGCGCUUGAGCUUGGCGACGUAGCAAAUACGUACAUCCUGCCGACACGUUGCUAUUCGCAUCUUUCGAAAAUGGGUUUUAUAUUACAGGGCCUCAACUUAGUACCUAGUCGAUGCUCGCUCUUAGCUGCGCAGGGGUCCUUGCAUUCGUGUGUACAUGCCAGGCGUUUAUACCGCAAGAGCCGACCAACAGUCGAAGUAGAAACAUCAUGGCGUCAGACGCGCAUGCAGCCUGGUAUCCGAGGUUAUGCAAACUCAUGUAUCGAGAUCACAUCGGAAGGUUUCCGAGAAGCGAACUCCGAGAGCAUUUUGUCUUCAGCAGACAUUUCAUAUGUUUUAGAAACCUCCGCCCCGAAGCAACAGCCUAUGGACCCUCUCAAAGUACACGAUCUUCCAGAGAUACCACCAUUCCCCACUAUACCAACCCUCCACAUAUCCUUGGGAGAUGUCACAACGUAUAUCCAACCACUGGUUUCGCAUCAGUGGACGAUCGGCCACGUCUCUACAGGAGUCGGUGAAAAUGAAAUACUCUCUCUGGAAAAACGUUACAAGUUCAAGGGCUUCGACGAUGUCAUGGACUUUGUUCAGGGAGUCGCAGACAUCUCACGUACAGAAAAUCAUCAUGCUCGAAUCGUGAUCGAGUAUAGCACCGUGGACAUUUCUACGCACACACAUUCAGCGUACGCCUUUCACCGCGUAGGAGAAGGAAAACCCGAGUCUAAAAAAGUUCCUGGGCUCACGCGGCGCGAUGUUCGAUUCGCUAUCAAGAUCGAUGAGUUGCAUGAAACAUUCAAGGAACAAGGGCGCACGGUGCAGUUCGUACCAGCAGGCCUUGCCGAGCUGCAGCACCAGUCUAUGAAGUCAGUGAUACGAAGAUAUAGCCAAGAGUAGGCGGUCACGAAGACGGAGGAUGUCCACAGCACAUCAUUGAGAAAUACGAGGCCUCAUUGAACGCUGCUAACUUCGCUGUUGAUUAUAAUAAGUCAAAUAAACGUUCGCAGAACUGCGUGGUACGGAAAUGUCAUCACAAUGCACCCGUCAAAUUACACAAAGGGCCAUUCUUCAGGCAUGGACACUCUCCUUACAUUAUUCAACAUUUUACCUCGUGCUAGAAAAGCAGAUCUUGACCUGGAGCAUUCCAGACCUAGCCUAGAGCGUUCCAGAGCACUCUAGAAUACCUUUCAAAUGAAAUGUCAGUUUCCUCGCUGUGGUCUCAUUCCCUGGUUAGUUUCAUGUAUGACUAGCAAGAGAAUCAUAUCCGGUUAGAAUG